AUGGCUCAAGAAGAGAUACAGAAUCCUGCUGCUUCAACUACUGCCUCUGUUCCGACUAAAGAGGAAACUCCUGCGCCGGUUAAGGAGGUUUCUGUACCGGUCACUGCGCCUGCUCCGGCUGCCACGGAGGAGAAAGUAGUCUCUGAGAAGGAGACCCCCGUGCCGGUUCCGGAACCGGAGGUGACGGCUGCGAAAGAGGAAGAGAUCGCAACCGGAAAAGAGGUUGUGCAAACGGAGUCGUUUAAGGAGGAAGGCUAUUUGGCUUCGGAAUUGUCGGAAACUGAGAAGAAGGCGUUGCAGGAGUUUAAGGAGAUUGUCAGGGAAGCUUUGAACAAGCGUGAAUUCACCGCUCCACCACCGCCGCCACCUCAAGCUCCGGCCAAGGAAGAGAAAGCUGAAGAGAAGAAAACAGAGGAAGAAGUGAAAACAGAGGAGGAUGUCAAAACAGACGAAAAAACUGUUCUUGCUGAAACCAAAACAGAGGAGAAACCUGAUGCUCCGGCCACCGUAGAGACCAAAAAGGAAGAAACUUUGGCCGCUCCUGCUCCGGUAGAGACUAAACCAGCUGUUCCGGUCACCACAGAGACCAAGAAGGAAGAGAAACCGGUAGAGACCAAACCGGCUGCUCCGGUUGUUGAAGAGACCAAGAAGGAAGAGAAACCGGUAGAGACUAAACCGGCUGCUCCGGUUGUUGAAGAGAAAGCAACCACCUCUGCGCCUGUAGAGACCAAACCUGCUGCUCCGGUUACCAAGGAAGAAGAGAAAGCAGCAGUAGUAACAAUCAUGAACGCUUUCGCAGCAGAUGAAGAAUACGGAGCCAAAACCGUAGAAGCAAUCGAGGAAUCGAUCGUCUCCAUCACUCUUCCAGAGACAGCUGUCUCCGUGGAGCCAGAAGAAGUCUCCAUCUGGGGGAUUCCACUUCUCGAGGACGAAAGAUCCGACGUGAUCCUCCUCAAGUUCCUCCGAGCACGCGACUUCAAGGUCAAGGAAGCCUUCACGAUGCUCAAGAACACAGUCCAGUGGCGCAAGGACAACAACAUCGACGAGAUCUUGGCGGAAGAUCUCGAAGGAAGCGAGUUCGAGAAGAUGGUGUUCACUCACGGCGUUGACAAACAAGGACACGUGGUGAUCUACAGCUCGUACGGCGAGUUUCAGAACAAGGAGAUCUUCUCGGACAAGGAGAAGCUCACCAAGUUCCUCAAAUGGAGGAUUCAGUUUCAAGAGAAGUGUGUGAGGUCUCUUGACUUUAGCCCUGAGGCUAAGUCUUCGUUCGUGUUCGUCAGUGACUUCAGGAACGCUCCUGGACUUGGUAAGAGAGCGUUGUGGCAGUUUAUCAGACGCGCCGUUAAGCAAUUCGAAGACAAUUAUCCAGAGUUUGUGGCCAAAGAGCUGUUCAUUAAUGUUCCAUGGUGGUACAUUCCUUACUACAAAACAUUCGGAACUAUCAUUACAUCGCCGAGGACAAGGAGCAAAAUGGUCCUUGCUGGUCCAUCCAAAUCUGCUGAUACCAUUUUCAAAUAUGUAGCUCCUGAAGUAGUCCCUGUUAAAUACGGUGGACUAAGCAAAGAAAGUGCCUUGACCGUUGAAGAUGGAGUCACCGAGGCCGUCGUUAAAUCCUCAGCUAAACAUACCAUUGAAUUGCCUGCUUCUGAGGGUUCGACGCUCUCGUGGGAGCUUAGGGUUUUGGGUGCGGACGUGAGCUAUGGAGCUCAGUUUGAGCCAAGCAACGAGGCAAGCUACACCGUGAUCGUCUCUAAGAACAGGAAGAUCGGUUUAACUGAUGAGCCUGUGAUAACCGAUUCUUUCAAGGCUGGUGAACCGGGAAAGAUCGUGAUCACGAUUGAUAACCAGACUUUUAAGAAGAAGAAGGUGCUAUACAGGUUCAAAACCUAA